AUGGCUGGCGGCGGAAGGACAGCAGGAAAAUACGGUUAUUCGGAUAACAAUUAUUACAGCAGUCACUCCUACAAGAGCAUCAACGAUGAGAUUAUAUUGGUCAGCAUUAUAAUGGGCAUUACGAUUUUGGUACUCAUUACCAUUGCCCUGUGCUACAUUGCGUAUGAGAAAUGUCACAAGAAGCGUGAAUAUUUUAUCAACGCCUAACGGGACCCCACUUCAAUUUAGUAUAGCACAAAGAAAAAAUAAAAAUACAAAAUCAACAAAGAGA